AUGGUAGAAUGGUAUGUCCUGAAGUAUGUCUCACAAUAUGUCAUUCUGGUGUGCUGCUUUGUAAACGCAGAUGAACUGGAUAUGGCCCAUGGCUGCCCUUCUCUGCCCAGCCGCUCAGCUUCCUUCCGCCGCCGCGCCGCCUCUCCCGCUACGCCGUUCCCCUCCAAGCGGCACCAAGGAGGUGUAUCGCCAGUCCCGCUCGCGUCCCCAGUCGCUCCUCCUCCGCAGCCGCGGGCCCUCGCCGCGGCAUCCUACGGCUACGGCGGCGACCUGCUCAGGCCCAUCGACACGCAGACGAUCAUCAUAGCCGCCGUCAUAUCCGCGGUCUCCCUCUCCCUCGUACUCGGCCUCAAGGGGGACCCGGUGCCGUGCGACCGGUGUGCUGGAAAUGGGGGCACGAAGUGUGUGUUCUGCAACGAUGGAAAAAUGAAGGUGGAGAAUGGGGUCGCCGAGUGCCGUGUCUGCAGAGGAGCAGGGUUGAUACUCUGCAAGUAGUGUGCUGGUUCUGGAUACUCUAAGCGGUUGUAGCGGGGCGGAGCUCCAGUUAGCUGACAUUCUGUGCUGUUUUACAUCCGAAGGACCGGACAUUGUACAGAUAUAAAAAUAAACCCCUCUCUGUCAGCAAAUAUGUUCAGGUAGAGAGGAAUUCGAUUAUUCGAAAGGGGGCUCAUUUACGGCCUGCGGACAUAUUACCAGUUGCAGUUCAGCGAUGAUGCGCUUCUCUUUGUGAUCAAA